AUAAUCAUCUCCAUCAAUCAAGUGAUUGUGUAUUUUGUCCUUAAAAUAUUAUGAACUCAGUUUAUCAGUUCCAUUCUUCCCGGUUUCUUUUUCUUUCUUCAGAGUGAUUCCUCUUCUCAGUAGAUGAUCUGUGCAGUGAGGGGUCUCGGAGCUCCAGCAGCUCUGCGGAGGAUCGGGAUGCUCUUCACGUCCUCCUCCUCUUCUUCUUCUUCUUCUUCCUCCUCCUCCUCCUCCUCACCGACACAGACCCUCUGAACCUCCAGAGAUCCGGACCAGGAACACACCAGGUCCGUUAUCCCGGGAUAGAGACGUUAUCCCGGGAUAGGAUAGAGACGCUGGAUUAUGUGAGAGAAGGGACGGGGGUGUUGUGGUGGGUUUUGUGCGGCUGACCACGAGUUGGGGUUUGUUUACGAAGAAUUCCUCAUAAAAGCGGGAGAAUCUGGAUUAAAAUAUGUCGGAGUUUAGUUUCUUUUGGCUGCAGACAGAAAAACCUGACUGGAGGAUUCAUUUAUUGAACAUUUGGAGAGCCUGAACGCACCAGCUGUUAUCCUUUCAUUCCUUUCCUCACCUGUGCGCUCACCUGUGCGGACACAUGUCUCAGAUCCCUCAUGCCGCUCUGGACCAGCAGCACCAGCAGCACCAGCACCAGUCGGGCCAGUACAACCAGAUCUGCACGCGCAGCAGCAGCGGGUCGUGCCCAGCCCCCGCCGAGGGCACGGAGCCCACCUGCGCCGGCCACAGGAGCCGGACCCCCCGCAGGAAGUGGCAGGUGUUCCCGGGAAGAAACCGGUUCUACUGCAACGGGAGGAUCAUGAUGGCGAGGCAGACCGGGGUCUUCUAUCUGACGCUGGUCCUCAUCCUGCUCACCUGCGGGCUCUUCUUCACCUUCGACUGUCCCUUCCUGGCGUCCAACCUGACCCCGGCCAUCCCCGCAGUGGGCGGCGUCCUUUUCAUCUUCGUGAUGGGGAUGCUCUUCAGGGCGAGUUUCACCGACCCUGGCGUCCUUCCCCGAGCGACGCCGGAUGAGGCCGCCGACUUGGAGAGACAAAUCGACGCGACGGGCUGCUCCAGACCGCCCCCUCGCACCCGAGAGGUUCUGAUCAACGGGCAGACGGUCAAACUGAAAUACUGCUUCACCUGCAAGAUCUUCAGACCGCCGCGAGCGUCGCACUGCAGCCUGUGUGACAACUGUGUGGAGCGUUUCGACCAUCACUGUCCCUGGGUGGGGAACUGCGUCGGCCGGAGGAACUACCGCUUCUUCUACCUGUUCAUCCUCUCGCUCUCCUUCCUCACCAUCUUCAUCUUCGCCUUCGUCAUCACACACGUCAUCCUCAGAUCGAACAGAACAGGUUUCCUGAGCGCGCUCAAAGACAGCCCGGCCAGAUAUCCUUUAAAGGAGGGAAUGACCCACAGACCUAUGACUC